UACACACCUUAAUGCAGGAGAGACAGUGUGUGGUAUUCAUACGGGUAGCCGAGACAAAUAUAUAAACGUGGAUUUUAGGCUAAUUAUGAACUUCUGAGUGGUGUGAAUCACAUUCGAUUUUAUGAACAAGCUAGUGAAGAUUUAUUUGUAUUUGAAAUUGGCUGAUGGAUAUUUUACAUUUAUUGGCGAUGAUUUGUAUCGUCACUAGGCAUACGCAGACGUCUUGGAUCAACAAUGAUGGUUAUUCUUAUGAUGAUGCAGGCAUGGAAUUGGAACACAUUGAGAAUGUGGAUCAACCAAGCCGGCACCAGUGCUUCCUGAAUGAACACGAAACACUAGAGUACUCAGCCUGGGAAAUUAUUUUAUAUAUUACACCGGACAAGCUUCUCAACCUAGAUCUACAAUGCAAAGAAAAGUUUGGUGAUAGUGCUUUUGUUUGUAAGAGUGUUUUACCAACAUAACUACGCCUCUGUGUGCUCAGACCUGUUUUGUGCAAUUCCUGGGCUAACAGAAUGCAGAUCUAUGAAGCCAGAAGAUGGCACGUUGUGUGGUAAUAAAAAGUGGUGUUACGAUGGUCGAUGCCGAUACUCUUCUUGGGCUCCAGAAAUAAACGAUUGUUCGCUGGGUGAUAUUUCCACUAAUUGCAAAAAGGAUCAAUGCCCAGUUUAUUCCGUGACACAAAGGAUGAACUGUUGUCAGACAUGUCCACAAGCUUUGAAAGAAAAUAUGACAGAUUUAACGGAGAAUCUCAAAACGACAUCCAUUUAUAUUCCAACAUCAACAAAAAAGACUGAAACAGCGCGGACGACAACGAGGCUUUCACCAGUAUCUUUUACAGCAACAUCAGACCCUGGGGUCACGCAGGCAGCUACAUCACUGUCUUCAGAACCUAGAAGCACGACGUCACGUCCUGUUAGCAAGACUCUGUCUUCUGCUACAAAGAAUUCGCCAAGAACACUUACCACGACUUCAAGUGACGGGUCUACAAUUCAAAGAAGGGAGAAUGGAGGAGGUUCUGGAUCAAAAGCUGAUCAAAAUGUUGGUCUAAUAACCGGAACAUCCAUUGCAGCAGUACUUAUUGUUGGUACAGCUAUCCUCGUCACUGUGGUGUGUGUCGUCCGGCAUCGAUUUUCGAAGUCGAGAACGGUUUCAUUGUCCAAUCAACCAGCAAAUGCAGUAUCCAUCGAGAGUCUGGUGUCUGCAAGACGCUGGUACCCGGACUACAAUUCCACAUCACAGCACUCUGAUCUCAUGACAGGCAAUCCUGUGUACAACAUUGAGUAACAAAUACAGUGACAUGUCGAUAUUACUUCGCCUGCCAUGCGGGGAGCCAAUACAAAGUCUUCAGAGUUCCUACAGAUAUAAAAUAAAACUAAAGCAUAUUAUAGCAAAAUAAUGUGGACAUCGGUAUAUUCCAUAAACAAAUGGAAAAUGAACAUUUAGAUUACACUUCAAGUGAGUUGGUUUGACAAUAUGGAUAUACCAUAGUUGGGUACCUUAAUCCACUAAUUGUUCACUUUGUGGAUACUAUUACUAAGCUCAAAUUUACUAGGGCACGAAGGCAUCCCGCCUCCAAAUAGUUUUAAAAGUGUCUUUUUUUAUAUAAAUCACUGGAGAAGGAAAUGUUUUAUUUAAUGACGCACUCAACACAUUUUAUUUACGGUUAUAUGGCGUCGGACAUAUGGUUAAGGACCACACAGAUAUUGAGGAACAGGGUAGUACAUACCAUGACCUUUGAUAUACCAGUCGUGGUGUAUAUACAUAAACUGUGCAAAUAGAUAUAGAGCUGUAUUUGGGCAAAAUGUGCUAACCUGUGAUUUUUUUUUUCCCCAUGUAUUUUCACCAUAAUACCCUAAAAAUUAGUUGUAAUCGAUCGAUGUAAAAAUGUGUAGCCAUUAGUUUACAACCCUAUAUAGCUGUUUGGUAGUAAUGUUAAUAUCAAUAAAUGUUGUCAUCCAGAUUCGUGUAUUUUUGUUUAAUUCGGGAAAAAGCCAGCCUGCCUCCCCCCUACAAAAUGGGAGCCUGAACACCUAUGAAUAAAAAGCAUGGUAAAGCAACUGGUACGUGGUUCUGUCUAUGUAUCCCAUACAUGGACCCGCAUGCACCAAAGACAUGUUUGUUCUGGGUGAACAAUGGUUGCUCAACAAAAACAUUUGUCAUUAACGGUCCUCAGUUUUCUUCAGCAAAUGACGCCCAUGAACAACACCACUAGAGCACACUGAUUUAUUUAUCAUUGGCUAUUGGAUGCCAAACACUUGGUAAUUCUGGACCGGCUAUCGGUCUACAGGCUGGUAGGUACUGGAUUUUUAAUCCAGAU